AUUGCUUUGCUCACCUCUUCUUCUCUGCCACUUCCUGCAGCUGUCGUCGUUGUGCACUUGCUUGUUUCCGUCUUGCAUUUAGCGAUUCCUGCCUCGCAUUAUACUGCCUUGGUGACCAGUCCCGCUGGUCAACCCCGCCUUUUCGCUGCAAACGACGCUCAGCAACAUCCUCGUGAUCAGUCGAUAAGAAACAACAAGAUAUCCGUGGCCGUGAUGGGGAGCCGUCGCUACGUCGACGAUGUCUCGAUCGACAGAUACGAGGACCGUCGUGAUUACUCCUCCAGAGGUGGUCGCAGGGUCUACGAUGAUCGUUUUACUGAAGAGGAGGUGGAUUUCCGUCGUGGAACCCCAGUACGUGAACGUGAACGUGAACGAGAACGAGAUGUACGAGAAGUCCUCGUCCGAGACGACGUCCGAGAGAGACCUGGAAAUACUCCCGCCUUCCUACGAGAGGACUACGGUAGGACUACUGCUGGCCCAGUGGUCUUACGAGCACGAGAACGGGAAGAGUUUGACUUCAUUCCCACUCGACCUCGUCGACGAUCACCUUCCCCAGAGCCGGAAAGAAAGGUCGAGAAGGAACAAAUCAUCAUCAGGGAAAGAGCAGAAUCAGAAUCCAGACCUCCGCCUCGAUUCAGAGAGAAAGAUCGGGAGGUAGAGCGGGAAGAAAUCAUCAUCCGGCGGGAUGAGAGAGAUACAGACAGGAGACCACCUCCUCCACCAUCUGCCCCGCGCGAACGGGAGAGGGAGGAAAUCAUCAUUCGUAGGGACGAGAGAGACCGUGAUGUCCGCCCUCCGCCGCCGAGAGACUCCAGGGAGGAGAUCAUCAUUCGCCGUGACGAAGACGACCGUCGCUCGCGCUACGACGUGGACUUUGACGACACACUCUCCAGGAGGAGCGAUUACGUCAGACGACCGGCGAGAGAGGCUGAGCGAGACGAGAUUAUUAUUCGACGAUCGGAACAGAAUCUGGACCCUAGUCGAUAUGAUGAUUAUGGCUUGACUCGUCCCAAAUCACAUGAGCGAGCCAGGUCACGAGUACGACGUUCCAGUAGCUCUGGGUCUAAUCAGGAGAUCAUCAUUAGACAGGAGGAGCGUGACGGUCGCAACCGUGAGCGACAAGAAAUCAUCAUUCGCAAGAACUCACGCUCUAGGUCGCCUAGCCCCUCUGUUGUUUCGGCUCCGCAAGCACCACCAGAGCCACAGGUCAUCAAUGCUCCUACCAUCCACCAAGAGGUUAUUACUCACCAUCGCCAUAUUGACCACGGCUUCGAGGUUGCCAUCCCGUCUCGGCCACGCCCAAUUACUCGGCCCCCAUCGCCACCAAGCCCACCGCUGUCUCCUCCGCACCCUCGCGCACACUCCGAGGAGAGGAUCGAGAUUAGUCGAACUCAGACCAGAAAUGGGCGCACGGAAAAUGAGAAUAUUGUCAUCGAUCGCAACGAAGGGGCCAGAAGCGUGGGUCCCUACACGCCGCCUCCUCCAGGACGAGAUUAUUACGACGCUCCAGUUCCCCGACGCGAAGGCUAUCGUGAAUAUGAUCGAGAUGUGCAGGAAGAGGCAGACUAUUACAAUAGCCGAGCCAUGGAGCGUGCCUACGUUGGGGAGGCAUAUCGUGGCGCCACGAGAGACUGGGCGAUAGUCGACGUUCCUCCUGGCACUAAUCGCGUCCGCAUGAAUGGAGCUGGUGGCGGAGCUCAAGAAAUUACCUGGCAAAGAUACAAUGGUGUUCGGAGGAGCAAGUUUAUGCCAGACGGAGAGGAAGGGUAUGGGGAGAUCGGUAGACCUGCCCCCCUGCCGGCACCAGCGCCAUUACCCGUCCCACCACCAGUUCCAGCGUCGAAUGGGGACAUUGGACGCCGAUAUGGUAGAAUGCCAGACGCCAAAGAAGGGUUAUGGACCGAGAUCACCAAAGAUCUCGUCGUCAAGGAGGCUAUCCAAGAGAUGGGCUAUGAAUUCGAGGAGACGGACGAUUUCUACUACAUCAUUGCCUACCUGCGAUAUGAAGAUGUUGCCCGCCUUGUCGGGCUAUCAGAGGACAUUCGUAAGGAUCGCAAAAAGCGCAUCAAGGAAAUGGCCUGGGAAAAUCGAGUCUUGCCACCACCAGUGGUGGAAGAACCUCAUCGUCCCUUGAUGCUUGAACCACCUCCACCCCAUCGCCCACGCCAAGAAUGGGAUCGAGAAGAGGAACGCUAUAUUGAGCGCGAAGUUGUGUAUCGAGGUGGACGACCUCCCCCGCCGCCGGGCUGGGUCAGACGUUGAUCGUCUAUUGAUGCAACAGAUACUUGUGUUUGUGUGUAUCGACGGAUCGUUGCACCUUUGGCACUCAGCGAAGAGCUACGUGAGUCUCCGGAUAUGUGUUUCCCCAGCGAGAUGGACUUGUCAACCACUGCCCCCAGGAAGAGUCAAGAUUCCCGCACAUACAGGUCAAGUACCUGCAAGCACCGUUAUGUCGAGAGCGACACGACAUUCAAAGGGCAUAGCGAAGGGAGACAAAAGCAGAAUGUUAUGAAGGCAUAUAUUUGACCACGAAACGAAAAUCCUUUAUUUUUGGCUGCUUUCAACGACGAGACGACUAUCACACUGGAAAAGAACUUACGAAGGACGAAUAAAUGACUGACACUUUGUUGGUACAGCUCGAGUUUUAGCUGUCCCUCCGAAAACUACGAACUUUGUUCUGGAAAUGUUCUGAUCAAUCUGGGAUUUCAUUUAUUUCAGCAAGCGAGGACUUUUAGGACAACUGAUUGAAUUGACUAAGCCUAACCUUUUCUUUUUCAUUUCAACGAAAUUUCAGGACGACAUGAGGAACGGCCUUUUUUUAUUUUAUUUUUUUUAUUUUUUUGACUAUCAAGAUAGAGUGAAUGGUGAGAGAUAUGUACAAGGACUCCUUGACCAAGUACUUGAGAAGUCAAAUAUGUCUGGUACGAAGUAGACUUGAUGAUACGGACAUAGUGGAAAGAAGAAUUCUACGUGGUAUCAAAUGCUGCCGUUGUUCCC